AUGGUGGUGCACGGUAGAAGUGACCAGAGAGGAGAGUGGCAUGGUGGAGUGGCAAGCAAUGUCGAGUUUCACGGCGUGGUUCCGAGUAAAAAGGCGAACUCACUGGGCAGCAUCACACUUCCUGUGGCCUUCGGUGAUGUUAAUAAUUUCCACGAAGAAAGGAUCACAUUUGAAGUUGUGCCCUUCAAGAGCUCCUAUCACAUGAUCUUCGGCAUUCCCACAUAUCACAAGUUCCACGCAAGACCGUGUUAUAUCUACAACAAGCUAAAGAUGCCGGGGACAAACAGAACUAUCACCAUCAAUGGCAACUACAGGAAAGCUCAGGAGUGUGAGGAAGGAGAAGCAGCCUUUGCAGAAUCCGUCCUCAACGCUGAGGAAUUAAAGGAGAUGAGGAGCGAGGUGGAUCCGGCUGAGAUGCCCGCCCUCAGGAAGCAAAUCUCCGACCAGAAUCAUUCGUUCAAGGCUGCAGAAGAAACCAAGAAGAUAGCACUUGAAGACGCGGAUCCGUCCAAGACUACCUCCAUUGGUGCAUCCAUGGAUGCCAAAUAG